CCAUGUGUAGGCGUAUCACGUGUGAAGAAAGCCUUCAUCGUCAUGUCUCUGCUGUAAGCAGAGCUGCGCGCAAGAUUUUUUUUAUUUUGCCUCCGCUCGAUGCCGCUUUUGUUUUGACAGCUGCUUGUUUUCUUUUCGCAUUCCCCUUUUACCGAAGAAUGAGCGAAAACGAUGACAUCGAAGUCGACAGCGAUGCAGACAAACGAGCACAUCACAACGCGCUGGAGCGCAAACGCAGGGACCACAUUAAAGACAGCUUCCACGGUUUACGAGACUCUGUGCCUGCACUGCAAGGAGAGAAGAGCUCUGUUAAACAGGCUUCCCGAGCACAGAUUCUUGACAAAGCCACUGAGUACAUUCAGUACAUGAGACGAAAAAAUCACUCCCACCAGCAAGACAUCGAUGAUUUAAAGAAGCAGAAUGCACUGCUGGAACAGCAGGUGCGUGCUUUGGAGAAGGCCAAGGGCAACAAUCAGCUGCAGACCAACUACUCCUCUGACAGCAGCCUGUACACAAACCGCAAAGGGAGCGCAGUGUCGGCCUUCGACGGCGGCUCCGACUCCAGUUCGGAAUCGGAGCCCGAGGAGCCUCCAACCAGGAAGAGGCUGCGUGUGGAGCCCAGCUAGGCUCCCCGACUGACUUAUUUUUCUUGUUGUUGUUUUUGUUGUUUGUUGCCCACCAGCCUGAAACUCCUCUUAGCUGUGUGCACUUAGCCCUGCCUUCUUCUUACUUCAGUCAGUCAGGAGGCGAGGUGGAGACUGUGUGAGAGAGGUGCUCUAUAUUGUGUAAUAAAUGCUUCUACCUUCCUAAGCAUCCUGUCUCCUCCUCUCCUCGUGUUCCCAGCCUGUCCUCCCACUCCCUGCUACCCCCCCCAAAGUGAGGCAGCUCUGCAGUUUUGAAGGACUUGACGCUUUUCAAACCUCACACUGACCUUAAAGGAAUGUGGAAAUGACAAGGUAUGAGGCGUUAGGUCACACAACCUCUGCAAUUAUUGGUAGGAGUUGCUUUGACAAAAAUGUUGAUUGGGAAUAGUUUACCUUUUUAAAUCUUUUUUUUUUUUUUUUCAGAAGAAUGUGAUUUUAUGCAAAAUCCACUUAUUUAGUGUAGAUGCCUUGAAUUUUGUGUUCUGAAAGUGUUUUGUGGAAUCAAAAGAAAUCCCUCCUAUUUAUAGUGAACCUCCACAGUUGUCAUUUAUGUUUGGCUUGAAGAGGACCAACCUUCUGUUGGUUUAUGGCUUUCCCCCACCAUGGGUUCAGCUAUUUUCCUCUAUUUUGUAUUAUUAUUAGACCAAAAAAAUUUCACCUAAUCGAUACUGAAUGUUACACAAUGCAGUUCAACUUUAUUUUUAGGGAUGAACUCUUGUUUCAGUGUGUAGUAUAUAACCAAGUCCUAAAUGGUGUCACUUCUGCAAAGAAAACCUUCCCUGAGAAUAUUUUGCCUGUGCUGGGAAUGUUUCUCUAUUUUUUUCCCCUUUUCUCAGAGGUAAAUGAGUGUGUAUGUAAUCAAUAUUUGUUUGUUCCAUUCCAUGGAAAUUACAGGUAUGUUGUACAUACUGCCAAUGGGUGUCUUGCAAGUUAAGACAUACCUUGAAUAAAACUUUUAUCCUCAUCGGA